AUGAAUUUUCAUGGUAACAAUGGACAAGCUAAUCAGACAUCUGUACAUUUGGUAAAUGACACGAAUCAGAAGGAAGAUGACACGUCAAUUGUAUACUCAUCGUCAGUCGAGGUACGUACAAAUGUUCUUUUAAAAACUGCAGUAGCACCCGUAUGGUCAGACCACUCAUGUAGAGAUACCCAUAUACUUUUUGACGAGGGAGCACAGAAAUCAUUUGUGACCGAAGAUUUAGCAAGAAAACUUAAUUCACAGUCAGAGGGAACUGACAUUCUACAGUUAUCAUCAUUUGGAGAUAGAAAGAAAAACGUAAGACAUUUAGAUAAAUCGACAGUGUUCGUAGAAACAGAUGCAGGACAGAAAAUACCGAUAAACGUUCUAAUUGUACCAAUGAUUGCCGUACCUUUGCAGAACAAUAUUCGCCACAUCAACAGAGGACUGAAUUAUUUACGGGGACUUAAGUUAGCACAUCCGGUAACACAGGAAGAGUCUUUCGAAAUAUCGUUAUUGAUCGGAGCUGACUACUACUGGGACUUAGUCGAGGAUGAAGUCAUACGGGGAAAUGGUCCAACCGCCGUGAGGUCAAAGUUAGGUUUUUUACUUUCCGGUCCAAAACUUAGUCAAGAUCCUAAACUACUAAAGAAGUAUGGAGAUAUAAUCGCCGAACAGGAACGCAGAGGAUUUGUUGAGACAGUAGAUGAAAAUGAACAAAAAGGCGGGAAAAUUCAUUACAUUCCACACCACCCUAUACACAAGAAAUCUAGAACAACUCCUAUACGAAUAGUAUACGACUGCAGUUGUCGUCAAUCACCAAGUCAUUCAAGUCUAAAUGAUUGUCUUAUGGACACACCACCAAAAUUAAAUGAUUUGACAAAACUCCUAGUACAGUUUAGAGCCAACCAGUUUGCUACAUGUACUGAUAUUGAGAAAGCUUUCUUACAUGUUGGAUUGAGCGAAGAAGAUAGAGAUGUUACCCGAUUUUUAUGGCUUAGUGACCCUACAAAUCCAGGAAGUCAGCUGAAAACUUAUAGGUUCAAAGCAGUGUUAUUUGGAGCGACGUCUUCGCCCUUUAUACUCAACGCCACAAUACAGAAACAUUUGAAACAAUUCGGAAACAGUGAAACAGCUAAAAUUCUAGAAAGAGAUAUUUACGUUGAUAACAUAUUGUCUAGUAUGAACAAAGAAGAAGAUUUACUUACGUAUUUCAAAGAAGCAAGAAGCAUGAUGGCUGGAGCUGGAUUCAACUUGAGAUCAUGGAGUUCAAACAGUGCUAAAUUACUAGAAUUAGCUAAAGAAGAAAACGUCCUAGAUACGGAUAAGUAUACCAAAAUACUUGGAAUGUUGUGGAACAGUCGUAGCGACGAGAUAUUUUACCCUAAGCGUGAUAUUCCUACACCGGAACUACUUCAACAUGUUACUAAACGAGAAGUUUUGAAAGAUUCUUCAAAGAUUUAUGACCCACUAGGCUUACUUAGUCCGAUUACAAUUAGAGCGAAAAUCCUGAUACAAGAGUUAUGGAAAUGUGGAUUAGAUUGGGACGAACUAAUACCAGAUAAUUUAAAGACUACGUGGAUAGAUUUGACCAAAGAUUUGGAAAAGGCAAUACAAUUCACUAUUCCUCGAUAUUAUUUUAGCAAGCCAUCAGCAUCAACAGAAUUAGUACUUCAUGUAUUUACAGACGCAAGUCCAAAGGCGUACGGCGCAGCAGCUUAUUUGAGUAACGAAAACGAAACAACUUUAGUAAUGGCGAAAACCAGAGUAGCACCAGUCAAAUGCUUAACCCUCCUACAACUUGAACUUAUGGCAGCAAUCAUCGGCGCACGACUAGCUGCACAUCUUUAUUCAACACUUAAUUAUCCAAAAAUUGUAUUUUGGUCAGAUAGCAGCAUCGUUCUUCAUUGGCUAACAUCUACGAAGACUUUGAAACGUUUUAUAGCUAAUCGAGUGAAGGAAAUAACAGAAUUGACGCAUCCAUACAAAUGGCGAUAUUGCCCUACUGAUAACAACCCGGCAGAUCUUCUAACAAGAGGACUUACAAUUGAACAAUUUGACCAGAGUAUACUUUGGCGGAAAGGACCACAUUGGUUAACAGAUAGUACAAAAUGGCCAGAACUAAACAGCGCAACAAACACCGUUUUGACGUCACUGGUAGAUGACAGAGAAAAUGAAGAGGAAUUGGACAACUUGAAUAUGACGCACCAAAAUAGUCUAAGCAGUAUAAAAAACAUAUUGGAUAUUUCGAAUUAUGGAUCUUACAUGAAGUUAUUACGUAUUACCGCGUAUGCCAUCCGUUUUAUACGCAACUGUAGACGGGAUAGGAUUUCCAGAAAAAGCGGACCACUGGAGGUAAAUGAAAUUCAAACAGCAGUAAAUAUUUGGAUUCUAUAUUGUCAAGAGUCUACGUAUACAGAUGAACUGUCAUAUCUGAGAGGAGCACAACACAGAAACACAAAUAAAGUAUCCAGAGUCCGACAAUUGGGACUUUUCUUAGACGAAACCGGUCUUAUUAGAUGUAACGGGAGAAUACACAACGCACCAAUACCAGAAUCAGCGAAAUUUCCGUACCUUAUACCGGCAAAUCAUCCGUUAACUAAACUAAUUGUAUUGGACGCACACGAAAAGUUACUUCAUAGUGGAAUGAAUGCUACAGUGACCUAUAUUAGACAAACGUUUUGGAUACCAACUAUUCGACAGUAUGCAAAGAAAUUACUCCGCAAAUGCGUUAUUUGCCGCAAAGUGAAUGGAAAAUCGUACGUUGCACCAGACCCACCACCUUUACCAAAAAUCAGAUUACAGGAAGCACCCCCCUUUACAGUCACUGGAGUGGACUUUACAGGAGCAUUACUUGUAAGAGACGAAAAUAGAAUUUUAACAAAAGCAUAUAUAUGCCUGUUUACCUGCGCUUCUACCAGAGCCGUUCAUCUAGAGGUGGUACCGAACAUAACCGAACAUUCGUUUGUUCAAGCUUUUAGGCGUUUCGUAAGCCGCAAAUCAAUACCUAAGACACUUAUAUCAGAUAAUGCAACUACUUUAAUCACAGGAGCAGAGGAACUAAAAAGAUUAUGUGAAUCGGCAACACUAAAAGAAACGUUGUCUACACGAGGAAUAGAAUGGAAAUUCAUACCAAAACGCGCACCGUGGUAUGGUGGAUUCUGGGAGAGACUUAUUGCGCUAACAAAGACAAGCUUGAAAAAGACACUUGGACGAACUCAAGUUAGUAUGGAAACUCUACAGACUGUCGUGACAGAAAUAGAAAGAAUUUUAAAUGACAGGCCACUUACAUAUUUUUCAUCAGAUAUCAGAGAUUGCGAGACGUUAACCCCAGCUCAUCUUUUGUAUGGUAGAAGAAUAUCAACACUGCCAUAUCCGCAAAUAGACAUAGAGGAAUUCAACGAUCCAACCUAUAUGAACCACAAAGAAAUUAACAAAUGUGCACAAAGACAAACUUUAUUAAUACAACACUUCUGGACCAGAUGGAAGUCCGAAUUCUUAACUUCAUUGCUGAAAAUAUUGUUAUCUGUCAUGACGGAGAGAGAGAGAGAGAGAGAGAGAGGGAGACAGAGAGACAGAGAGACAAAGACAGAGAGAGAGAGAGGCGGGAUUGAGAGAGAGAAAAAAAUAGAGGGGGUUGCGAGAAAGACGAUUGUGAGAGAGAGAGGAUUGAAAUAG